AUGCCCCAGCUAAACGGAGGCGGCGGGGAUGACUUGGGGGCGAACGAUGAAAUGAUUUCGUUCAAAGACGAAGGAGAACAGGAGGAGAAAAUCUCCGAAAACGUGUCUGCCGAGAGGGACCUGGACGACGUGAAGUCCUCUUUAGUAAACGAGUCAGAAAACAACAGCAGCUCCUCCGAUUCUGAGCAAACAGAGAGACGCCCUCAGCCCAGACCCGACACUGAAAGUUAUGAGAAAGCCCGAGAGUAUUUUAGUGAAGCUUUGAGAAGACAGCAAGAUGGAGGCUUUUUUAAGAGCCCCCACUAUCCAGGCUACCCGUUUCUAAUGAUCCCGGAUCUCGCCAGCCCUUAUUUAUCCAACGGCGCCUUGUCUCCCAGCGCCAGGACGUAUCUGCAGAUGAAAUGGCCCCUGUUGGACGUGCCCAGCUCCGCAGCCCUGAAGGACUCCAGAUCACCCACACCAGGACACUUGUCUAAUAAGGUUCCAGUGGUGCAGCAUGCUCACAUGCACCCUCUGACCCCCCUCAUCACCUACAGUAAUGAUCACUUUUCCCCAACUACUCCGCCUGCACAUCUCUCCCCAGAGAUCCUGGACCCAAAGACAGGUAUUCCACGGACCCCCCACCCAUCUGAGCUCUCCCCAUAUUACCCCCUCUCUCCGGGGGCCGUGGGCCAGAUCCCCCAUCCUCUGGGCUGGCUCGUCCCACAGCAAGGGCAGCCCAUGUACUCCAUUCCUCCGGGAGGUUUUCGACACCCUUACCCAGCGCUUGCUAUGAACGCCUCCAUGUCCAGUCUGGUGUCCAGUCGUUUUUCUCCUCACAUGGUGCCUCAUCAUCCUCACAGUCUUCAUCAGACAGGAAUCCCUCACCCUGCUAUCGUCUCACCAGCCAUCAAACAGGAGCCCAACGGAGACCUCAGUCCCGCUGCACACACGAAGUCUCCCGGGCCGGCUAAGAAGGAUGAGGAGAAGAAGCCUCACAUUAAGAAGCCCCUGAACGCCUUCAUGCUAUAUAUGAAGGAGAUGAGGGCUAAAGUGGUGGCUGAGUGCACGCUCAAAGAGAGCGCCGCCAUCAACCAGAUCCUGGGCAGGAGGUGGCACUCUCUGUCUCGAGAGGAGCAGGCCAAAUACUACGAGCUGGCCAGGAAAGAGCGGCAGCUGCACUCACAGCUCUACCCCGGCUGGUCCGCACGAGAUAACUAUGGCAAGCGGAAGAAGAGGAAGAGAGAUAAUAAAGCAGACUCAACAGCAGAGGAUUUCUCAGCACGGAACAAGAAGCCGUGUGUGCAGUACCUUCCUCAGGAGAAGAUGAUUGACAGCCCGGCCUCAUCUCACGGCAGCAUGCUGGACUCCCCGGCCACGCCCUCCGCCGCUCUGGCCUCACCCGCCGCCCCGGCACCAACACACUCCGAGCAGGCCCAGCCGCUGUCCCUCACCACCAAACCUGAGCGCCAUCACUCUCACUUCUCUCUGAUCUCCAAACCCUCUGCAGCAUCCUCAUCUUCAUCUUCAUCAUCCUCCUCCUCCUCUUCGUCUUCAGCAUCCUCCUCUUCUCACCCAAGCAUCUCUCUUCCCAUUGGUUCCUCAGGCAGUCAGUCGACCCCGCCCCUUCUCUCUCGGCCAAUCCCUUUCACCUCUCUGCACCCCUCCCUCCUGUCCCCACCCUCUCCGUUCCACCAGGCCGCCCUUCACUCCCAUCAUGCCCUGUUCCAGUCGCAGCCUCUCUCCCUGGUAACCAAAUCGGCCGACUGAGCCCGCGGAAAAGCGAAUUAUCUCCCGUUUCUCGCUGUCCUUUUAAAACAUGCUGUACAUUGCUUUUUACCUUUUUUUUUCAAAUAGAUGUCAGGUUAACUUUUUUGAUAAGUGAAAAGGAAAUGAAUAUUAUUGGUCAAUAUUUGAUCACCUGCUUUUUCUGUGUCUCUCUAUGAAACAGUGUAUUUUUUUGUAAAGUCUACUUUGGAACUGGUUUCUUAUUUGAUACAGUUAUCCAGCAAACUACUUGUAUAAAGUAUACAUGUAUUGAAAACUUCUUUAUUAAGAUAAGAAGGAACAAAAAAAAAUUCUUAAAGCUUACAUGUAAUUAAUGGUAGUUUUGAAUUUUAAUUCAUAGUACAAGCAAUUUAUUAGAAUCCUUUGCAACUACCCCUCCAGUUUUGAAGUGUGUGAACUUGAUAAAUAAAACUUGUAAAUUG